AUGUCUUUCUUUGUUUCAGCGCCAGGCAAAGUCAUUCUUUUUGGUGAACACUCGGCUGUAUACGGUAAGCCGGCUAUUGCCGCUGCGCUAAGCCUCCGAUGCUAUCUUUUGGUGACUCCGAACCCCAAUUCUGAUGAUAUCAUUCUUGAGUUUCCUGACAUUGGCCUAGUGCACAAAUGGAGCGCGGCUAGUCUUCCUUGGGAUGAGAUAGAGGCGGUGACAAAGAACGAAGGGCGGCCAAAAGCAACAGACGAGCUUAUCCCAGAGCUUUUAGACGCCUUGGCCGACUCGCUUGACAUUGCUGAUCCGCUCCACUAUACGGCAUGUCGCUGUUUCUUGUAUUUGUACGCCAGCUUGUGCAGCCGACAAACAGCCGGUUGUCAUUUCUGCAUUCGUUCUACGUUACCUAUCGGCGCAGGUCUUGGCUCCCUGGCAGCCACUGCUGUUUGUUUGCUGGCUGCCUUGUCCAUAUUGGGUGGCCAUGUGUCUGCACCUCUGCUUGCAGUCAACGAUCGCCACGCUCACAAAGAUUCCAGCGAUGCCACUUUCAUUGAUGCUUGGUCUCUCAUGGGUGAGAAAUGUUUCCAUGGAAAUCCUUCAGGUAUUGACAAUGCUGUGGCUACGCAUGGCGGGGCUGUCAUGUAUCAGCGCAUGACUGGCCCUGGCAAUCCGUCUGUUCGCACAAGCGUGAGGAAUUUUGCUGCUUUACCGUUGUUGCUAACAAACACGCGUGUGCCCCGCAGAACAGCAGAGUUGGUCGGAGGUGUGGCUCAAUUGGGCGCCAAGUACGCGCCAGUGACAGAGGCCGUGUUGCAGGCCAUGGACCACGUCGCACGCCAUGCGUACGAUCUUAUGGUUCGUCCUGAGUGUGAUCGUGCUGCUCUCUCCGAUCUAGUGAAGAUCAAUCACGGCCUUCUCGUGUCGUUGGGUGUAUCGCACCCAAGUUUGGAGCAGGUGCGCAUUAUUGCAGACCGUCACUCGCUUGGUGCCACAAAGUUGACUGGUGCUGGCGGUGGUGGCUGCGCCAUCACUUUGCUAGCCGAUGGGUUAGAUCCAUCGAAUCUAGUUCUGGCCCAGCGUGAUUUCGCAGACGCCGGUUUCGAAACAUUUGACGCCACUUUGGGCGGCAAGGGUGUUGGAAUGUUGAAAUUGAGUGAUGUGGAUACACUGGCACAAGAAGUGGUAUUCUCUUCGGAAAAACUUGCAUCCUAUGCAUCGCGUGAGGAAAUCGAACAGAACAUUGGUGCUUCGGAGUUGCCUGGAUGGCGCUUCUGGUGA